AUGUUGUACCAAAUUGUUUCUUAUGUGCCAGUUUCUUACGAAUUACCCCUACAAUUUGAGGAAUCCGAUUUAUCGCUGAGUAUUCAACAAUUACAAUCAGCAAUGCUUGCAGCAAUCAAAACGAAUCAACAGCAUUUUGAAAGUAUCAAUCAACAGGAGAUUGUCGAGCUUCAAAAAGAACACUACAGGCUGCUUCAAAGCCAGCAAAUGUUUGGCUAUCAAAGACCACAAUAUGCACAAUAUUCAACAUAUCCUUCUUAUCAAGUUCAGCCGAUGAGCUUGAACCCAUUCGCCGUGAGUUCGAGGCCUGAACCCAUUCAGCCCAUUGCACCACCAGCUGAAGCAAAUUUGAAUAUGAAUCUUAACUUGAAAUACUCAAAUGGUUUUCGAUCAAAUCCGGACUGCCGAUAUCCGGUGAAUGGAUAUGUUUCAACGGGAGUUUACUCACGGCCGGCUGGUUGUCAAUUUUCGCCUCCGAUUCUCCCUCAACCGAUUCCCAAGCCAACGCCUGAGCCAAUUCAAAUACCAGUGCCGAUCAUGGUACCACUACCGAAACCCGAGCCGAUUCGCGAGCCGAUUCCCGAGCCUGAAGUACUGCCAAUUCCGGAACCUCCACUACUCCCGAUUCCUAAACCUGAACCAGAACCCGAGCCAGAGCCGGAACCUGAGCCUAAACCAGAACCUUUACCAAUUGUUGUGAUGCCAAAACCCGAACCGGAGCCAGAGCCAGAGCCUGAGCCUGAGCCAGAGCCAGAGCCUGAGCCAAAACCAGAGCCUGAACCCAAACCCGAGCCAGUCGUCUUACCAGAACCAGAGCCAGAACCAGAGCCCGUACCUGUACCAGUUCCCGUCAUUCCACCCCCAGUCCCCCCUCAGCCAAUCCUCGUCCCUCCACCCAUCCAACACCGAAACGCGUACGCCCGGCCACCGCCCGAUAUGAUCCCACCCACCUAUAAUCCAGUUGAACCCGCCUCACCGCCUGGACUGCCGCCAGGAGCCGGACUUCUUCAACAAAAUGCCUAUCGUUCGAAUUCGGGGCUCGUGAAUCCACCAGGGCCGGAUGUUUUCCAAUCGAAUUCCUAUCGAUCAAAUAACUAUCAACCAAAGUACAAUAUGCAAACUACGAAUCGAUUCUAUGAACAAAACAAUCAACAAAUGAUUGGAAGAAGC